UAUUAGAUGUUUCCAAACUUAAUACAGGGUUUUAGGUAGUUUAUUACAGAUCUGGUUCCUGGUUCAAAAUAUGUGAUAUUUUGUGUCUGUAGAAUUCAUCAAAACCAGAUUAAAUCAUGACAGACGAAACAAAUAGAAAGGUUGAAUUAUCCAAGGAUGUUUUAGCUCCUUCUGAGGGACCAAGAGAAGAGCUGAUAUCAACAGCAAUAAAGUUUUUACAGAACCCUAAAGUUCAACAAAGUCCUGUGUCACAAAGGAAAGCUUUCUUAGAGAGAAAAGGCCUCACAAAAGAAGAGAUAGAAAUUGCUGUAGAAAGAUCAGGUGUACCCCCAGAUAAACCUACCCAAGUAUACCCACCCCAACCUCCUGGAAUACAGGCACCAAUACCUGGAGCAGUGGUACCCUACCAACAGUCAGCGCCCCCUGUUGGUACAUUACUAAAGAUAAGAGAUGUGUUACACACAAUAGCUUUAAUAGGAGGCUUAAGUUAUGCUGCCUAUAAAUUUUUCAAGGAAUAUUUACUGCCAUGGAUUUUAGGUAAACCAAAGACAGAAGACAGAUUAGAUAAAAUUGAGAGCAUGGUGAUAGAGCUUCAAAAAAACAUUGUGGAGACUUUGUCAAAGAUUCAACUAACCUUGACCUCCAUGCAGGAAACUAUGUCAACCAAUCAGGAGAAAGUACAGGCAAUAUCACAUGAAGUCUACUCACAAAGGUCUUCCACAGCAAUGAGUAAUAUCAACGAGUCACAGUUUGCCACAGAAAUGAAGUCAGAGCUACAAACUGUUAAAGGAUUAUUAUUAAACAGACGACAGUUCCCACCAACACCAUCCUCAUCAUCACUGCCAGCAUGGCAACUCAGUCAGACUUCUAGUCCUACCAGCAAAUCAAACAUGGUCAAACCUAGUGGGGAUGCCACAAUAAUGUCAGAAGUGGAGCGUGAUGCCACAAUAAUGUCUGAACCUAGUGUGGAUGCCACGUUAGUGUCUGAUGAAGCAAACUUAAAUCAGAAUAAAACUGAUAGAACAGAUGGAAAAAAUAAUGAUGAAGUAAAAGUGAAUUUCAGCAUGGAAGAAACUACAAAUGUUGACAUAUCAGAAAGUUCUCAACCAAUCAAAACAGACGUGAGUGAUAUUCUGAACCAAUCAGAGGACAACAAUUUACAAAUAAAAUCAACGGAGGAAAAUGAUAACGAAGAGGUUGAUUAAACAAGAUUUAUUAAGAAAAAGAAUGAAUAGUUUAAAAAAGAGAAAAUGUAACAGAAAUUUUGUAUAUUUGAAUGUUUGUUAUUUUUCCUCUUAUUGAACAAAACCUAAAAGAAAAAAGAUUGGUUCCUAUGAGAAUUUUAUUUAAAUUUUUAUUUAAACUUUUAUCUUGUUUUUCAUCUCCCCAUACACCAUUCUUGUUAAUAAUGUCUGUAUAUUACAGAAGGUUGUAUCCCAACAAUUCAUUAAUCCCAUCACAAGCAAAGGUCUCUUAAUUUAACUUGUUAAUGUUUCCAUUGCCUUUAUCAAAUCUUUCAAUGUUUUAAUAUUACAAGAUGAGCUGCAUCCAAUUGAAAUCUACCUUAUGCAAAGAUACAGUUUUCACUGCACUAAGGCUUUUUUAUGCCCCACCUACGAUAGUAGAGGGGCAUUGUGUUUUCUGGUCUGUGCGUCUGUUCAUCCCUUCGUUCAUCAAAGUUUUUGGUCAAGGUAGUUUUUGAUGAAGUUGAAGUCCAAUCAAAUUGAAACUUAGUACAAAUGUUUCCUAUGAUAUGAUCUGUCUAAUUUUAAUGCCUAAUUAUAUUUUUUGCCCAUUUUCACGGUCUAUUGAACAUGGAAAAUGAUAGUGCGAGUGGGGCAUCCAUGUACUUUGGACACAUUCUUGUUGCUUUUAUUUUUCAUUUCAAGAACCCCAAAUGUAUAACUACAGACAAGUGACAUAGAUUGAUUUGCUUUUAAAGAGAAAGAUAGAAAUAAGCUGGACUGUAAUACUGUGUAUUGCAUUUUACUUUAUAAUUGAUUUAUGGUCGGUAGAUUCACUAAAUAACAAUUAAGAAUAACUUUAACCUGUAUGUCAACCUUUCUAGCAUUUAAACAUAUGUGUUCAUUGAUGUAUUGUUUGUUAUUUACAUGCAAAUAUCUGGGCAGAGGUAGUACCAAUCCACACAGAAUUAUAUAUAGAAUAAAAUAAUCUGAAAUGCAGAACUGUCAGAUUUCACUUUCAAUCAGAGCAGAUUUUCUUCUGCCAAGAUAUUCCAAUGUUUGUAUCAUAUAGGUAUCUGAACUAUGUAUUGUCAUUUGAAUGCCUCAAGUGUUUAUGUAUUAAGCAGAAUUAUAUUAAGAAAGAAAACCUAUUUGUAGCUUAUUGAGUCAUUGAAAAUUCAAUAUUGAUGCAAAAUAAAUAUUUAUAUUUGAA